AUGCCUCACAAGCAUACCAGGAAAGGCGCGUCGGACAAGGCGACAAUCGACCUUCCACCCACGACCAUCGCACGACCGCUGUCCGUCUCCAAGUCGUCGAGAGAGAAUGGCAUCUUCACUACCGAGCUGACGGUUCCCCGGAAAACAAACAAGAAGAGGAAGCACAAUCCAGACAUCAAUGAUGAUACGCCAAAAGCCUUCUCACGAUUAAUGCUCUUCCAACAGGGCAAAAAGCUACCCAAAGGACUAGAUGACGGUGUCAAGAAACCUAAAGCUAAAAAGGCGAAAAUUGAGCAGUCGCCGCUGAGUGGUGAUGUGUCGGCCAAAUUGGACACAGGACCAUCGGUGCCUGUGCUGCCGACAAUCAAGCCAGGUGAGCGCAUUGCGGAGUUCAAUGCCCGCGUCGACGCGGCUCUGCCAGUCAGUGGAUUGAUCAACAAAACUGGCAAAAGAGGAAAGGAUCCGUUGGGUUUGAAGGUCGGGAAAACGUACAAGGAGAAAAAGAUGCACAGGAUGUAUGCCGAAUGGAGAGAACAGGACGUAAAAAUAAAGGAGAAACGAGAGGAGGCCAGAGAACUGGAGGAGAUGGAAGAAGAAGGAGAGGAUGGACAGGUUGUUUGGAAAGAAGCUGGAUCUGAGAGUAACAGAAAAAGGAAGGCGAAGAGGGGGAAGAAGAAGAAGGUUAUUGGCGAGAUCGACGAUGGAGAAGAAGAUCCGUGGGCGAAGAUCAAGAGAGAUAGAGGUGAAGUGAGCUUUGCACUACAUGAUGUCGUUCAAGCGCCACCAACUUUCAAACAAACCCCAAAGGAGAAGUUCAAGGUCCGGGGGGCUAGGGUCGAGGUGGAAAAUGUGCCGAAAGCUAGUGGGAGUCUACGAAGGAGAGAGGAGCUAGGAGAAGUAAGGAGGAGUGUGGUGGAGGGCUAUCGGCAGAUGAUGAAGGACAACAAGUUGAAGUCCGCUCCAGAGAUGGUUUAG